UUAAGCGUGCGAUGAUGGCGGACACGCUCCAGCUUCACGCGCUGGAUAAACGUCUGAGCAUCACCCGCGAAGCCGAACUCCUGCAGAGUUUCGUGCGGAUCAAUGUGGGUGAGGACGAGGGCGCGGACGAGAGCAGGAGCCAAAUUGCCGAUGUUAAGAAGGAGGAAAAGCCGGAAACGACGGACGAUGGUAAAACGAAACGAGGGUCGGCGGACGAUGGCAAAAAGGCGGACUCCCAGACGCACGAAGUUAGGAAAAAAGGAAAACGUCGCCGACGCCGUAACGGACGGCACGAGGAGCUGUACUGCGACAAGGACCGGGCGGCCGCCGUGAACAUGGGCUCCAAAGACAUCAAGCAGUCGCUGAAGCUGAAGAGGAAACAGGACCGAUCGAAGAUGCUGCAGAUACCGGAGGAAGCGGAACCCAGCACGUUCCUCGCCCUCGGCAACUACGAGAUGGGACGCGGCGACUUGGGCAUCGCACUUAAUUUCAUGACAAAGGCUUUGGAACUGAAUCCGAAUGAAAAGAACUCUUUGGUGGCGAGAAGUAAGUGCUACAUAUUGCUGGGACAGCCCGAAAACGCCUUGAAGGAUGCCGAAACCGCCUUGAAAGGGGACCCUAAGUUCCUGAAGGGAAUCUAUCAGAAAGCUGAAGCUUUGUACUAUCUGGGGGACUUUGAACAUAGUUUAAUGUACUAUCAUAGAGGUCUUCACAUCCGUCCAGAUCAUAGUGACUUUAAAUUGGGCGUUCAUAAAGCCCAAAAGGCCAUAGAAAACGCCAUUGGUUCAGCUUUUUGCAAACCUGUCUCUAGAACUAGCAGUGCUGUCAAGCAGACUGCAACAGUCAGUAGCUCAAGAACUUCUAACAGCAGAACUAGUGCCAGUACUACAAGUACAAGUUCAAAGUGCACAACUCCAGUUAGCAGUACUCCGAAAAAACCAACCAGCAAGUCAGCCACCCCUGUUAACGUUAGAGUCAAGUCCUCUAAGAAGAGUAGGUUGUUAAGGGAGUUGGGAGCUGAUAAGGAUUACUUGGAUAAUUUAAUUAACAAUCCGAAUAUUAAAUGCAAAUUCAAGGAGGACGAUCGUAGGAUCGAGGACUGUAUUAAGGAGACUGUCGAUUUCUUGAACAAAAGACAGGAAUUUUGGAGGCAACAGUUGCCACCUAACCUUAAAUAG